GUUUUCAGCUCCCCAACUCAGUACCUGAAUGGAAACUCUACUAAGGAGCAGUUAUUAGAAGCAAUAAAAAACCGCGACAAUGCGGAACGAGAAAUCAAAGCUCUCAAAAUGCAACUCACCAUGGCAGAGGAGACUCGCGACAAUGUUCGAAGAGACCUUAUGGAUGCACACAAAAAAGUGCGAGAAAGCGAUGAAGCAACAGAAAUACAAAGAAAAGAAAACCUAGCACUCAGACGUCAGAUAAAAGACGAGCAAAUUGAGAAAGGCGCUCUGCAAAAAACUUGCGACGAACUCAAGGAAAAGGUCAAAAUCGCUGAGGUAGAGAGAACUGAGACAAAGCGCAAACUCGAGGAACUUGAAAACAGAUUCCGAGUUUGUGAUGACAGCCGAGCGAACAUCACCGGUGAGGCGAACGAUCUUCGGAUACGACUAAACGAGUUCGAGGCAGAGCGAGCGGAGAUUCGGCGUGAACAUCAAGAGGCACUCCGUCAGGUGAAAAUAUUGAGCAGCGAGUGUUUGCUUGGAAAGCGCGAAGUAUCGGAUCUUCAAGAGAGGUUAGCGCAUGAACAGGCAUUACGCGAGGAAGUUCGUCACGAAGCGUACACUCUGAAGCAGGGGAUAUUACAUUCUGAAAGUGAAAAGGAGGAAGUAAAACAGAACAAUUUCAAAUUACAAAGAAGGUAAGCCUUUUCUAAGUGACCUGAACAGAAGCUAUUCAAACUAAUGGGAAAGUAAUUAACGCCAAAUUCCUUUUUCAUGGAAGUUGUUGUGCGUUUCCUUCCUAAGACUGCACGAAGCAAGAGAAGACCUUGCGCGCCUCCUUUAAAUAGACCUCAGUAGCCAUGGUAACUGGUACAUAAGUUGGCUAUUGUGCUAUUACAAGGAUGCUAAUGCGUCAAACUUUAAAGCAUUCCUGGUUAAGUUUUGGUAUGCUAAUAAUGAAGGAUUUAGUACCCUCACUUUUGCAUACAUGAGUUACUUAUCCCUCUAAAACUACUAAAACUAGCAUUAACAUUAUAGCUCAUUAUGUCGCCAGUGUGAAAGCGCGGUAGUCUAAUACUGAUGAGCUGCGUGCAAAUGUCAGUAAUUUAAACAUUGCGCGCUGCUGAAUGGAGACAAUAUACAACCCUGUAGCUUAAGCGUUUGAGGGGAAGAUAGGCGCAUGUUUUUUUGUUCUUUCUUUCCAGCAUGUAUCGCGCAUUUUACAGUAUACUAUGGCCAAAAACAGGCCUAUACGGAAGAGAGAUACUAAGAAUGGUGUCCCUUUUUCUUUGGUCAUAUAAAUUUGCUUUUUACUCUCUAUAUUUCUCUAAACUUAAUCAAAAAAGGUUCUGCGUUCGUGUGUUGAGCGUUAAGACAAGUCUUGUCAAUGUUACCCUUGCUAAUUAACAAGGGUUCUCGUGCUUAACGGUCAAGCAAGGAAAGGCAGCACCUUUUAUCCUCGGUUGCAUUGUCCGUUUACUUAUUUUGCAAAUGUAAUGAACCUCACUAUGUUCACGUUGAUUUCUGUUCCCAAAGGUUGAAAGAAGCUGAAGAUACCUUUGCAAGCAGGGAGAAGGACUAUCAAGCGCAAUUGGACGAGUACAAAGAAUUUGAACAAAAAGCGAAAGACAAGAUAAGAGAUAUGGAAAACAGGCUAGAGCAAACGACGUUCGAUCGAGAAAACUACAAGGCUCAGCUGUCUGGAAAUGACGGCAGGAUAAGUGCUUUGGAAUCUCAACUCGCACGAGUAGAAGCCAUGAAGAAUGAUACUGAAUUCAAGCUGUCGAGCCUCUACUCAAUACUACGGAGAUCACUUGGCCUGCGAUCGGGUUCCCAAUCUUCGUUUUCAGAAGAAGACAGUCCGAAGAAGAACCGAAGGUCUUUCCGGGGACGUUCUAGAUCAAAUUCAGGUACAGGUACCUCUAUUUUUUGUAGUCUUUCAUCUAUGAAAUUUUAAAUGUUGUAUCCCACAAUAUUCACUUGAUCUUUUGUCGCAAAGAGCAUAUUGAUUAAAAUAACAAAAGAAAUAACAACAACAAAUCGGGCAUUGAAUGGGCGCCAUUUUGUCGUUCAUGAGUUUCUGAACGCCAUUCUUUUUUUGCCUUUUACGCAGACGACUCUUCCGACGACAUAGACCCUGACGCUGUGAAAACCUCAUUAUCUGAGCUUUUGCAGAACCUGAAAGAAUCCGAAAGAAAGAAAGAGGAGAGCCAAGCGAAAGUGGAGAAUCUACAGAGUACAUUGCGACAUGCUGAAGAAGAGAGAGUGGAGCUGGACGGUAAACUCCGUACCGUACAUCAGGAAAUGAAUCAACUAAGAGAUCAGAAAAGAUUGUUAGAAGAGAGAUUAAACAGCUCGGAGACGGCUUUGACUUUACAGGUAUGGAAUUAAACUUUUUUGUAGGUCAGACUGCUGUUUCAGUGAGCUAAAUGUUCUUGUUAUAUCAGCCGUGACUUGUUAAUAAAGGUACGUUAUUUGCGCCCAAAACUGCAAAGCUGACGAAGAAGACUGUUUCAUUUUCAUGUGGCUGAUUAACGCGUCGUAUGGUAGAUUUUAAGUUUGUUGAGUGAAAUCUAUGAAGUUUAUCAGAGUAUAGAUCUUAAUUUUCCUCAAGAAAAAAAGGAAUAGACCCUUGCAUUUCUGACUGCUCAAUAGUAACAUGGCCUGUAAAAGUCUUAAACUACAUUUUCUCUGCCACUUUUUAAAGUAAAAUGUAGGACCAACAUUUUGGUAAGCACAUAUUUUUGGCUGUUUGCAUAGGAAGAGGCAAUUCAAAGGGUAGAAAGAGAAAGAAAUGGUUUGACUGAAAAGUUACAAAUGUUAGAGGGGACCUUGAGUCUAUCAGAAAGUGAAAGAAAGCAGCAAAAAGAUAAGAUCAGGGGGCUUCAGGAGACAGAGAGACGGCUGAAAGAAGAUAAGCACGCUUUGCGGACCCAACUAGAGGCAACAUCCGGGGACAUGACGAAGAAUGAAUUGAGGCUAAAGGCAAUUGAUGGUGAAUUACAAAGGCAGAAGCUUGUUCAAAGUGAGGCGGAAGCGGAAAAUAACACGCUGAAAGAAAGGUUGAGUGGACUUUUGAGGACGAAUCAGGAGCUGGAGAACAAUAAUUCCAGUUUGAAACUUGCUAUACAGAAACUAAACAGCGCUGUUGCGAAAGGCGAAGAAGAGGAAGCACGAUUGAAGGAAAAGAUCCAGGCACUCUCAGUUUCUCUCAGCGAGAGCAACAGCAGCUCACAGAAUCUGCAAGAUCAUAUUCAUCAGCUUCAGCGAACACUAGAAAGCACUGAGGGAGAUAAGCGUCUGCAACAAGAACGGGUCGCAGCUCUUCGAGAGACAAUGAAAGAUUGCAAGAAUGAAAACCGCGCUUUAGCAGAAAAAGUAGAAUUUUUGGAAAGGACUCGUGAAGAUGCCGAGCUAAAGAUAAAUGACUUUGAAAAUCAGGUAAAGCAUGUGAAGGUUCUUUUAAAUCAGCGGCAAGAGCGCGAGGAUGAACUUCUGGGAAAACUGGAAGAGCUGGAAGAAGAAGCAAACUCUCUGAGAAGCCAAAAUUCUUCCUUGUCUAAGGUGAACUCCUCUUUCGAGGCAGAGAAAAGAGAUUGGGAGAAGAACAAUUUACGGAUUGGCAAGGACGUUCAGGCGCUUAAAAAGACCCUGGAUAAACUUCAAAGGGAGCGAUUAGAAUUCGAGGAGUCAUUCUUUGAGUCAAAUCAAGAAAAGGAGGCUUUGAACAGAACUCUUGGAGAAGCGGCAAAGGAAAAUAUCGAAUUGAAAGAAAAGGUGGAUUCACUAGAAAGAGCGCUUCAGGAAACAGCAGUUAAGCAUACUGAGAGGUACUAAGUUGUUUGAAAUUAUUAGCUCUAUCUCACUGCUUACUAAACACCUUUAGUUUUUCGCACAUUCACUCUCUUACUAAUACUUGCGCCCUCAACCACUUUGCCUCAGUUGUUCAGUUACAUUUCGGUACUAAGUUGCACAGCCAGUUAGUUGCUUAGGGUUCGUUCGAUUGACCGUAUUCUGGAAUAUAAAUACGCAAAAGUGUUGCUACCGAUUUUUGGACCUCUUAAUUACUGCAUUGAUUGGAAAAAUGAUUUCAAGCAUGUUUAUAGGUAUUGAAAUACAAUGACUGCCGAAACAAACUAUUUCUAGAGUUAAUUCCUUUUAUUCUUAUCAGAAUUCCGGAAUAGCUAGGUCAAUCGAACAGGCCCGUAGUUAGGUAGGUACAAUGAAACCUCCAUAUUCAACCCAGCCCCUAUCGUAAUCGUCCGCGACCAAUUUUUUGGAUAGAUAUUUUUUUGGAAUUUAAUAGCUUUUAUAAAUUUUUUCACUCUUAGAUAGCGAAUGCAAUUAAAAAACACUGCAAAAGUAAAGAAAUUAAUUACAAAACAUUACAAAACAAUAUCCAUGCAAACCAAUUUCGUUGUACGCUAUUUAGAUUACAACCACAAAAAAAAUACAAAUUAACAUAGAAACAUUCACAAUGCUAUCAACAAGAGAAAAGGAGAGAAAAAAAACCAACAAUGGUCGAGACAUUAGUGUUACAUUCAUAAAUUAUAAACUGACAUAAAGUGAGAAGCAUAUGCGGAACAACCCUUCUACGAGCUUACAAAUGGCAAAAAUUUCUUCCAUUUUUUAAAUUGGAUAGAUGAGAGCCUUGGAAUUUUCCAUUGUUUUUAUCCUGCCUUAUAUGACCACUUAAGGCAGGGUUUGAUCUCUAUGCUCGUUGUAUUUACUAUACUACAACAAUGCAAUGCAUUUAGAGUGACAACACAUAUGGCAACUUUGCACGCAGUAAAUCCUCUUCUAAAUCAGGGGCACCCAACGAGAACAUAGUUCAAAACCACUUAAACAUGGCAUUGUUAAACGUAUUUUAAUAUUUAAAAGGUAGAUAUAGGCAUAUUUUUAUCCCCUAAAAAUUUUUAAUCUGUUCGGAUUUCCUAGCUGAAAGUCUAGUGAUCCGAAAAUUAUAGGGAUCAAAACUUACCUUUUCGAAAAUUUCAGCCAGAUAAAAGGCUCCCGAAAAUUGUAGGUGACCUUUUUAGGGUAAAAUCCGUUAAAAGUGGGCAAUUAUACCAUUUUUAAGAUGUUCGAAAAUCCUAGGAGAGGCAGGCAAGUUCUAGAUCUCAAAUCGUCUUCCGAACCGAUAUUUUCCGAAUAUUGAAGUUGGGUGCCCCUGCUAAAUCGUAUAGAUAUGCUCGGUCCUCUUCUAGGAAGAGACCCUUGAGCAGCGACCAUCUUCCGUAAAAGUGACCACUAAAUCUUCGUGAAUUUUGAAUUGUCGCUUUUGAGAGGUUUGACUGUAUUUAGUUGGUCUGUCGGUCGGUCGAUCAGUUAGGCAUUCGAUUCAGUCAUUUAUUCGUUUUGCAGGUCGAAUGGACAGUUAGCUAGACUGUCACCUCAGUUAGUCGGUCGAUUUGUCAGUUGGUCUGUCAAUUGGCUAGUCGGUUGGCUGAUAGAUCGUUCAUCCAUCUACCGUUCAGAAACGAAUGGGACAAUUGAUGAACGCCGUUCGUCAAUUGUCCCAUUCGUUUCUGAAUCACCUUUCUUUUUAAUCACCAGCCGAUUAGUGGUGCACAGUAUCUGGCAUUGAGCAAGAUGUUAAUACAGUGGAACCUCAAUAUAACCAACCUCUACACAACGAAGUCCCUGGUCACGAACAAUAUUCUUCGCCCCAGAAAUAUUACAUUAUGAAAAAGAACCUCUCCAUAACGAUUUAGGUUUCUGGGAAACUGCCACCUACCCCUUCCCUAAGUCAACGUUAACAGUUACUUUUCACUUAGGGAAAAAUGUUGGGUUAGGGGAGGGCUCGGUGGGCAGUUUCCCAGAAAGCUAAAUUGAUCUACUUUAUGGCGAACAAAUUUUGUCAGUCCCUUAGGCCUUCGUUAUAUCGAGGUUCCACUGUAUCCUUAUCCUUAUGUUUCUGAGAAAUGAUACACAAUGCUUUAUCCUGAAGUUUGAUUCAAUCUAAUAUUCACAAAUGCUCACAUGCAAUUAUUUUCCCUUUAAAGUUUGCUUGAGAUAACUGAAAAACAGCAACAGGAAAUUGAAAAAGAGGCAAAGAGAUCUCACGUGGCAUUGGAAAAAGCACAAAAAUUGACAGAAAAAAGAGAGAAAGCCUACAAAGCAAAACUGGAAUCUUUAGAAAAACAGGUAAUGUUUUGAAUGACUACCAUGUCUUCACCCCCUUUCCCGGAGGUACGUUAAAUUUUGCAUGAGUGGUUUUUCAUCCCUCUUCAUACUAAAUAAUCCCCGAGCCUAGGAGCAUACGAGCAAUAUGCACCCACCCGACCGUGCAAGGGGCAAAGGGUGAUAGAAACGAAGUGGGGGUGGUUUCCUUGCACCCACCCAUAACACUAUUAUAUCCUCUUUUUACACACCUAAACGGUUAAAGAUUAAAGUACCCCUUCAAUUCUGUAUGGCCAACUGUACCUAUUGCUUCAUUCAUUAGCAAUCCUUCAGAGGUCAGAAUUUGGUGAAAAUGCUUCAGCGAUACAAAAUGACGGAAUGUUGGUGCUGUUGGACUGGUCUAUAUAUAGGAUUCUAGAUUUUGUCAAAACUAUGACAACCAAAAAUUAUGGUGUACCGGCGAUCGAUUUAAACAUACCAUGAUUAUUAUUGGCUCACAAAGGAGCUCUCUCUGUGUAUGUGGUGAUCAUUUUUUUGUAUGUUUAUUUUCUAGCUUUCUGUUCUCAAGAGAGAGCUGCAAUUUGAACGAGAGGAGAAGGUAGCACAUGCCAACAAGGCUGCAGUAAAGAACGAUGAAAUAAGAGAAGUUCGGCAAUCACUUGGUAAAUCACUUCAAGCGGUCGAAGAGGAUGCGAACAAUCUCCGAAGUAUGCUCGGAAAAUCACUUCGGAAAAUCGAUCGAUACACCGAAGCUAUCCGACGAAAUGAAGUUCCGCCUCCAUCAACUGACACGGACGGAUCGACAGUUAGUGCGUUUUCUCGUCAAGCGUUCGAUAAAUCGGGCGAAGAGGCAAAAUAUCUUCGCUCAUCGAAACGACGUACGCGGUCCACUUCGCAUAUGAACUUGAAAGAUCGUGACAAAACUUUUGGAAUGUCACCUUCAGCCCACGAACCGCUGGGUGAUUUCAUCGUUAAUAACUCGAGAGGAGAUCGGGAAGAUUCCACACCAGAAAUAACAGCUCAAAUCCAAUCCCCUCUCAGAAGGUACAGAAGGUCGCGGAAAUCUGAAAAUUGA